AGAGAGAGAGAGAGAGAGAGAGAGAGAGAGAGAUGGGUGCUUCUGUUUCGGUUCCCGAGAGAUCCGUCCAUCAAUUCACCGUCAAGGAUAGCUCCGGCAAGGACGUGAAUUUGAGCAUAUACCAAGGGAAAGUCCUCCUCCUUGUCAAUGUUGCUUCCAAAUGCGGCUUCACCGAAUCCAAUUAUACCCAGCUCACCGAACUUUACCGGAAAUACAAGGACCAAGGGUUUGAGAUCUUGGCGUUCCCUUGCAACCAGUUUCUUUACCAAGAGCCCGGCACGAGUCAAGAGGCUCAUGAGUUCGCUUGUACGCGGUUUCAGGCCGAAUAUCCUGUUUUCCAAAAGGUACGUGUAAACGGUCAAAACGCAGCACCACUCUACAAGUUCCUUAAGGCAAGCAAACCCACUUUUCUAGGUUCCAGAAUUAAGUGGAACUUCACCAAAUUCUUGGUCAGCAAAGAUGGCAUAGUGAUUGAUCGUUACGGCACGAUGGUUACACCCCUUUCCAUCGAGAAAGACAUCAUAAAAGCUCUGGAAGAGGCUUGAUACAGCAGACGUGAUUUUUAUCUCCAGACACCUAAUAAAUUUCGCGGUUGAUUUGUAAUGAUAACCGCAGCUUUUAUGCUGUAAAUCUACGUCGUUCUUUCUUAGUUCGGUGUACAUAUUUUAAAAAAGAUAAA